AUGUAUCAUGUGAACAAGGAGCCAUUGAGUGAUACUUUCCAUGAUUGUAAUCUUGGAUUGAUUCGUCUUGGAGGAAUUUUGGCUUCAGAAGGUCUUGGCCAUGGAGAUUUAAGAUAUUUAUGUGGUCUCACAAAAAUAGAAUUCGACGUAGUCUACAAACUAUGUAUCUUCAAUCAAACCGACUGGCCAAGUCAGUGUAUUCCUCUGAAAGAGCAACUUCUUCUGACACUUCUUAAAUACAGGCAUAACUGGGAAUACAGGAUGCUGAGCAUCAUAUUCAAAAUUCGUACAUGUACAGCGAAGACAAUCUUCAUAUUUUGGACUAGACUACUCUACAAUCGACUGGAGUCCAUUGAUUUUUGGAAAUUGCGUUCCAAAAAUGACGGGGAAUAUGUAGCUAUUUUAGACUGCACUGAAAUACCCACCGAAAAACCAAGUGCUCCCGAUAUUCAGCAAGCAACUUUCUCGAAGUACAAAAAUACAAACACUUUCAAGACGCUUGUGGCGAUCGAUGAACAAGGAGUAGUGAUAUUCGUCAGCGAUGCUUAUGGAGGAUGUGUAUCUGAUAAUCGUAUAGUAGAACUAUCUGGCAUCGUUGAUUUGUUGUCCGAAGGUGAUUAUAUUCUAGCAGACAAGGGAUUCGAACAGACGGAUGUUCUGUCGGCGAAGGGUGUAGUUCUCAAUAGACCACCCACUAAAAAGGGACCUCAACUCACUGAAACGGACGUGGCAAAAACUCGUGCUAUCGCAACUCGACGCAUUGAAGUAGAAAGGGUGAUAGGGUAUGCUAAGACGUAUAAAAUUUUGUCACAAAAGAUAAAACACUCGCUUUUUCCGUACAUGAACAUGAUAAUCAAGAUAUUAUUUAAAUUAACAAAUAUAAGGCCCCCCAUUUGUAAAGUAAGUAAUGAUAGAGCCUGAGUCACUUAAAUAUGAGCAUUUUUAAAACAUCACUUACCAUGCAGCUCAAACAGAAUAAUUGUAAGACAUGGGAAUUAAAUGAAUAAAACAUAUCAAAGCCUAAACAUUCACAAAGGUUUUUUUAGUGCAAGAAUCGCAACACCCUGAAAACGAAAUUUGUCUGAAGGCGAUAUUGGAAUCUCAAUUAGGAUAUUUAUGAUGAAAAAUGAUCGUUGAUACAUCAAGUUGACUGUAGCUCAUCUUAGGUAAUGUCAACAUAAGAUUGAAUCACAAAAGACUGAAUGUUUAAAUUUCGUUCUAUAUGAUGCCACGAUGCUCUUUUUUCUUUUUAAGAGCAUGAGCUGUACUUGCUAGUUAUGCUGUUAUGGAGAUUGCUGGCAUCACAGCUGCCAACAAUAUCAUAUUUAUUAACCUUCCGACAGAUGCGUGGUUGGCCACCACUGAUUGCCAGCAUUACGCUGAUGGUAUGUACAGCAAGCGAGCUUUUUUCAACGUACAAAUACAACAGCGCGACUUCUGAAAGCUUAAGAUCAAUAAAGCAUAGAAUGGGCUUAUUGUGAUAAGCACUGGUACUGCUAAACCAGGGUUAAACCAGAAGUAGUUGAAUGAAACAUAACUUUAGCCUUUUACCCUCCUAAGACCUUUGUACCGACUUUUCGAACCCUCUAAGCAGAAUACCAUCGUUGAAUGAGUGUAAUCAGUUUCGUACCUUUUAGUUCCGCACUCUUUUGCUUAUCCUUUGACAGAUAAGAUGUUAGGUUUUUCGCACCACGAUGUCGUAGUGCACGUUCAGCGUGUGGGGUAAAGCUAUGCAAACCGUUUUAGAGGUGGUGGUAGUGUUCGGCUAUUUUUCAUCAUGGCGUCAGGGAAAAUAAAUUUGAAUUUAUUUGGUGUAGCUGUCACGUUGGUUCGUCGGUGAUAAUGGUGAGAAUUUCUUCAGAGAUAUGCUCAGAAAUUCCUCCAGAAGUUCUGAAGGAAUUACGGCAAAAUUCCUCCCAAAUUUACUCAAGGAACUCCUUUAGGAAUUCCUCCAGGAACUCUGUCAGGAAUUCCUUGAUAAAUUCGUCCUGGAAUUCCAUCAGGAAGUUCUUCAAGAAUGCCUCUUAUAAUAUUUUCAGGAAUUCCCCCAAGAAUUCCUCCAGGAAUAAUUCCUCAAGAAAUUUCUCCAAGAAUUCAUCCAAGAAUUCCUCCAAAAACCCCUAAAGGACCUUUCCCAAGAAUUUAACAAGGGUUCCUCUAUGACUUCUGCCAAGAAUCUUUUCAGGAAUUUCUCCACAAAUACCUCCAAGGAUUUUUUCAAGAAAUUUCUUCAAGAAUUCAUCCAAAAAAUGUACCACCAAUUUCUUCAUAAAUACCUACAAGAUUCUUCGGGAAACCUUCAGAAACUCCUCAAGAAAAUAUUCCUGGGACAACUCCAGGCAUUCCUCCAAGGAACUGCUCCGAGACUUCUCCAGAAAUUUCUCUAAAAAUGUCUCCAGGAUUUUUCCAAGAGUUUCUUCAGUUAUUCCUAAAAAAAAAUUUUUGCUAAGAAUUUCUCCAAAAAUUCGUACAGGAAUUCCUCCAGAAAUUCUUUCAGGAAUUUCAACAGUAACUCUAUUAACAAUUUCUCCAAAACCUGAUCCAAUGCUUCUGUCCAAAAUUCCUCCAAGAAUCCCUCUAGGAAUUUGGGCAGGGAUUCCUUUAUAAAUUACUCUAGGAAUACCUCAAGGGAUUUAUCAAUGGAAUGUUAUCAAUGCCCUCUGGAAUUCUUCCAGGAAAACCUUUUGAAAUUCUUGAGAAAAGCCUACAGGAAAUUCCCCAGGGAUUCCAUCAGGAAAUUAUCCAAGAACUCCUCCAGGAAUUCCUCCAACAAUCCAGAAUUCCUGGCAGAAUUCCCUUGCAUGAAUUACUUCA